AUGGAGUUGGAAAUCAGAGAUUUGCUUGGCUACCAUAAACGGGCCGUUUACGCGCUCCUUCUACUAUUCGCUUUCCUCUACGCGGAGGGUGUCCUGUUGGGUGCCGUCACCGAUCUCGACGUGUGCGCAUCCGAUCGCUUCACAAUUCGAUCUCAGCAGGCGACGCUGUGGCACACCCACCGCUCCCUCUCGUCUCUCGUCUUCACCACUUCUGUGUGGGCUCUUCUCAUCUUCCUCGCCGUUCUCGUGACGUGGGGAGAGAGCAAAACGAACAGCUCCGAUUUCUACAUGCCUCAGAUCCAAUGGAACUGGAACACGUUCUUUGGUGCCGCCUUCCUGCUGUUGUGGUACGGAAGCACGUAUGCGAUGAUCACAGUGCUCAAGGUCGUCUUGGGCGACACUUCUUGUGGGGGUGAGAAGAGCAACAGUGUGUCCGGCCACUUCAGCUUCUUCUUCUUCUACGGCGUGAGUAUGCCCUACCUGGCCCUUACUCUCCUGCCCUACGACAACGCUCGCCUGGCCUUCCGCAGCAUCCUCAGCCCGAAGUCGACCUUCCACUUCAAGCUGGCGCUCCUCUCGCUGUGCUACGCCGUCUUCCUCUUCGGUGGACUCUACACUCUGACGCAGACCUGGAGCUGGGGCUAUCACUCGAUGCGACAGAUCAUCUACGGCGUCGCCUUCGGUCUGGCCAGCCACCUUGUCCUGCGCAAGAUCUUCAAGCAGGCGGCCUCGUCUUCGUCGGCUCGCACCCUCGCCGUGCCGACCCGCCUUCCGGCCAACGCGGACGAGUUCCAGGUCCUCGUGGAGGACUUCUUCCCCCUCUCCUACCUCGCCAUCUUCAAUGCCGUGUCGGUGUUCCUCGUCAUCCUGUUCACCUUGAGCUUCCCCUUCAACAUCUACGAGACCAUCGGCUUCUUCGUCCUCUGGCCCUCCAUCACCUACGCCUUCCAUCUCACGUUACGCUUCCUCUACUCGUUCCAGCUUCCUCCACGGCCACUUCAAUUCUCACAGCACCGUUGA